AUGGCCUCCACAGCAUGCCUGUCUGCCCAGCGGCGUUUGGCCAUGCAUGCUCUGGCCAGACAGCCCCGCUUUGUCUUUGCUGGUCAUGCAUGCUCGUCCUUCUUCACACAAGGCUCGGGACAGCUUUCACACCCUGCACCGCACCGGACUCAUGCUUCGCUCCCAUUCAUCAGACAGAGAUUCAGGGGAAGACUACUUGUUUUCGAUAUCUCCGCACCUCGUUGUCCACCUGAUAAAUUGUCACGUGCUGUUUUCUGCUCGGGUUUCCCAUCCGCCGCCAUUGAGGAAGACUUACGCAACCUCUUCGAGGAGUCUGGUUUCUGCGUGCAAGACGUUUUCAUGCUAUACAGGCCUGACACUGCUCUCAGUACACGCCACGCUACGCUCAUACUUGCAGAUGAUGAUGCGGCCCAGGCUGCAAUUCGCGAGCUUGAUGGCGCACCUUUGUUUGACGAAAGAAUAGAACUUGAACCAUUAUCGGGCCCUUUCCUUGUACCACCUUACAGAUAUUUUGAAUCGACAUUGGACCAGGGUUGGACAGCCGGCAAGUCCUCCGAUCCACUGCAUUGGGAACGACGACCGCCUCCGCUACAACGUCCGAGAAACAUUUGGAAGCCUUAUCGCGAAGGACGAGUAGUAGCUUUAACUGCAGGUUGUGAGUUCGAUCUUUUUGACAUGUAUGAAUUGUUUCACAACUACGACGUGGACUGUUUGUCGGGUUGUUUUCGUACUGGUCAGAGCGAAGAAUAUCGCAACAUGAUACAUUUUGCCACUAGGAAGGAAGCAGAUGAGGUUAUACAAUUAUUUGAUAGGUCUACUUUGUGGGGUAGCCGGUGUAGGGUGUCACGCUGGCAAAUCCCCUUGAGAUUCCUUGGGAAUUCGUGGGACAACGGACCAAAAGGAGGACAUUGGUCUGGACGAGACCAAGGCAGCGCUGCUGGAACCAAUUUUCAAAGCGUACGUUUCUUACGAUACGGGCCGUAUCGCAAGCUGGUAGAGCUACUUCCAUGCUAA